AAACCGAUCCAUUUCUUUGAUUAAAGUUGAAGUUAGAAUGCCGCUGUGUGAACUAACCAACAUUUCAGUUAUUUCGAUCCAGUGGACAAAAUAAGUCGCCUUGUCGUUAAAGCGGACAUGAUGAAAACGCUUUUCACCUCAGGACUCAGAGGCAGAAACAGCUGGGUAUGUUCUUGGAGAUGGAGAUGGUCCACACCGGUGGCCUCCAGUGGUAUACAGCGCAAACUCACAAAGGUAGCAGAGUAAAACAUCUGAAGAAAUAUAAAAGAAUCAUUGUGUGACCGACUCUUGCUCUAGCAAACCACUUCAGAAGAGCCUCUGUUUCAGAGCGAGGAGCUUCCUUGAGAAGAGGGAACACGUAUGCAGUUAUUAUGAAUGAUUUCGUUUUCUAAGCAGAAUGGGUAGUGGCAAAAAGAGGAAACCACACUGAUUCAAGAUCCAAGAUGAUUCAAUCCUGGAAAUACUACGAAAGUUUCAAAAAAGUGAAUAAAAUAAACAGAACAAAGAAAUACGCUGUAAGCUGAAUGGAAGCUAUUUUAGACUCUAUUUCUAGAUCUUUAAUCAUCUAAUGAAUAUUUAGUUUUCUUAUAUUGUUAGCUUUCUGAAAUUAGCUGGUAUAGGCAAUGAAUUGACUCACAUUAUGAGUGCCAUUGUCUUCAACAGGUAUUUUUGUCAAGCUUUUAAUGUUCGAAAUAUCAAGCAUCAAUCUAUGCACUUUCUGUUUUUUCUAAAGGGUAGAUUUGACGUUUGGAUUUAAAUGCCUGCUUUUUUAUCGUUACACAAAUCAAGAAAAUAUUACAAUAUCAUAUAUUUGUCCUCGCCUCUGCAUCCCGCCACAUUUUAACCGUGAACCUUCUCAUUGUUUUUGAUAGCAUGUUUAUAAUUCUUUGAUAACGGAAUGCACAUAUCUAACAUUCUCAUUCCAGAAUGAUUUAAAAUUUCAAAUACACGUUUGAACUAUACUAUACCAACGACUGCAGAGACUACACUUGGAACUACUAUUUUACAUUUUUAAUAAUUGUUUAUCUUGCUCUUGAGUGAUUCUACUGACGGGAAGCCGCGUCUAAACUCAGUGAACUUUUAUUUUGACGUGAAGUGAUUGUCCUUCUUUGACAGUGUUGUUUAAUGUCAUGAGUCAAGAAAUGACCCGCGAACUGAACUGACUGUAGCCUGCGCCUCGGUCCGCACUCGGCAUGGCGCUGCAGAGUCCCACCGCUGGCUUAAAAACCAUAACUGGUUACAUUUUACCAGAACACCACGCCGUGCAGACAAACCAAGAAGACGUUUCAGAAAGCGAGGAUGAAGAAGAGGAAGCACAGCCCGAGUUUCUCGACAUGAAAGAGAUGGAUUCGGUUUCGUCCGGGGGGUGCAUGUUCAAAUCUUCCGUGCCAGCGUCAAAACAAGUGCAAUUGAUGACCGGUAAUAAGACGUAUUGGGUUGACGGCCGUUUUCCUCUCCAUGAUCCCUGGUGGGAGGUUACCUGUACAAUUCGUCAAGGCCGACACAAAAAUUUCAUCAAAGGCUACCCCUCCUACAGGCUCCGUACUGAUCUGGGAGGAGAGGGCCGGCCACUCAUGUCUCUCUUUCUUAAAGCAUGUAGGGCAGAACCUGACUUUGUUAACAUGCUCAUGGAGUGGUUGCCCAAGGACAGAUAUGUGGAGCUUGUGACUGUGCUGGACGUCCUGCAGGAUUUCGAAGAUUCAUCUCCCGGGAAUAAAGCUGUGGCUGAACAGCUCAAGUCAAAUGUCAAACGCUCAGAGGCUUGGACACACGUGAGAGUUGCCAGCUUGUACCCUGAAAUCAUGAAAUACUUACCAACAUUGCUGCCAGGCCAGUUUAAGGACAUUAUGAACAAGGGAACGAUGGAAAACGUGCCAGAAACUUCCGAUCGUGAUGGUUCUACUGCACAAGAACGAAACAAUACAAAUACAUUGGCCGAACUUGAGGAGCUCAUUAAAACUGAUGCAUGGAAGCUGGGCUUUAAUUACAUCAUGUUUAAAGAAUUACAUCUGGUCCGAUGUGAAGCACAUAUGGACGCGUUCAAGCUUUGUCGUUUAUUCUGGAGAUUCCCGGUGCUGCAGCGUAAUGCCUUGGUGGUGUAUACAGAACUGAAAAGACGCUGCAGGGCCGAUGGCAGCACAUACGCCAACCAGGAUCUGCUGGUAGACAAAAUACAGAAGGAGACGGGAGUUUCGGGUGCCUGGGAUGCUUUACAUUUUCUUGCGGAGCAGGGGGUGCUUAAAAGAGAAAGUAAGAGGGUGGCACUUCGGAACCUCUUUGGCUACGAGAAAGGCAUUGCUGAAUGCUUAAGAGGCCUGGUUGAGGGAGACCCCUGGAAGAUCCACUUGGACGUGAGAGAGGUGCUUCAAGAAGCUCAACUGGAUAGAUUAAGGGCGAAGGCUCGUGAAAGACACGGAAGUUCUAAGGCUGACUCAAAAAUCUCAGCCUCAGAAGCACAAAAUGACAUUGAUCAGGAGGUUAAGGCUGAGCAUGUAGAUCUUGCUUUUCCCCAGCCUGCUACUUCAAACGCUGUCCGUCACAGUGGAGAAACGCCAACAUGUGACUCUCCUCAGGCCUGUGAAAUUACAAAGCUCACCAUUAAAGAGGAAAGCGCAACUUCAGACUCGGACUCCUCGAAUGACUCCGUUGACAUUGAUCCAUCAACUAUAGAGUUAGACCCCGAUCAGGUGCGAGCAGCAGAAAUGAUGUGCGCCAACCCGGUGACCGUGAUCAGCGGGAAGGGCGGUUGUGGGAAGACCACAGUGGUCAGCCUGGUGUUUAAGGCGGCCAUGGAGCAACAGACAAGUGACAGAGAAGAGGUGUUGAAGGCCUGUGAGGACUUUCAGAAUGACUCUCAAGGCUUCAUUAAUGGGCUGCUGUCAGACGAUCACGAGGAGAAAAACGAUGAUGAAGGGAGUGACAGUGAAAAGCCUGUAGAGGUUCUCCUCACUGCUCCUACAGGAAGAGCUGCUUCACUUCUCACCAAGAGAACCGGGUUCACUUCUUAUACUAUGCACCAGGUUUUAUGGAGUUUCAUGAACACAAAAAAAGAUCCUAGUGGUAAUCCUCAGAAAUGGAAGUUCUCAAAGGUGCGGGUGCUGGUGGUCGACGAGGGGAGCCUGGUGUCUGUUCAGAUCCUUCACUCCAUUCUCAGCAUGCUUACUAAACACGCACAACUCCAGAAGUUCAUCCUUUUGGGAGAUGUGAGACAGUUGCCCAGCAUCGAGCCUGGAAACGCACUGUUCGAUCUGUUUGAAGGUCUCAGGAAGGUCCAGUGGGCCAUUGAGAUGCAGACCAACCAUCGCGCCGAGUCUGAGCUCAUCGUCAGAAACGCUGGACUCAUCUCAGAGAUGGGUAAAAAGAAACGUUACAGUCCUCUGGAGUUUGAUGCUAUUGUAAACAUGAUGAGACCUUCCAAGGUGCCAUCUGACAAAAGGUUCAUUUUUGUCCAAACAUGUGGUGAAAAGGAUAUGUUUGACCUCCAGGAUGCCAUUACAUACUUACUCAGCGAAGGUCCUGGACUGGAGGAUGAUAAAUCGUCACAGUUUGUGACUUUCAGGAGGAAGGACUGCGAUUUGAUCAACGAGCUUUGUUGCAGACAUUAUUCUAAACACAUUACAAGGACUUCCAAAAACAAACUAAACUUUCAACCAGAUGAUAAAGUUUGCUGCACUAAGAAUGGCUAUGUCAGAGACCAUGGUGAUAAGAAAGAAGUGACUUCCUUUGAUACUGCCAGAACUGUACAACAUAGCGCUCAGUCUUCCCAUGAUAAUGGCAGGAAUCAGACUCAAAAUGAACAGAUGAAAGAGAUGAAAGAGAAGAAAGAGCGACUGUGCAAUGGGGAAAUUUUCUUCAUUAAACAUGAUAAGCAGGAGGAUGAAGGAAACGGGCGUAAAAUGAUACGCUACCUGACGCUAGAUGAUGACAACGGACGCGUGCUGACUUGUAGCUACAGAGAGCUACAGAGAGAGUGUAAACUGCGCCAUGCCUGGGCAAGAACCAUUCACACUUUUCAGGGCUCAGAGGCCGAAACUAUUGUGUACGUUCUUGGAGACAGCACCGCUCAAAACUGGCAGCACGUAUACACCGCGGUAACACGCGGUCAGAAGCGCGUUUAUGUGGUGGGAAGAGAUCGUGAUAUAGAAGGAGCCAUCAAGAGAAGGAUCAUCCCUCGUAACACACAAUUGUGCCGCUUCGACACGAGUGCAGUUUACCAACAACGUCCUGAAAACGCUUCGGCUCAGCCUGCAUGCAGUCAGAUUCCAGUAGAAACUCCUGUGAACCACGGUUUCGGCCCUUCACAGUCCACACCAGUGGUCUCGCAGAGCCCUGGCCGUCAGCACUCGAAGCUUUCCAGACCUUCAUGUGUACACCAACUCUACGAGGGCGAAAACGAACAAAGCCGUCCAACAUGCAGUAUCUCUUUACAAGAUGAUGUAGCAUUCAGUCAAACCUACUCUUGGCCGACCAUGGACAGUUUCAGUGAGAACGAGAACGCAUCCGAUCGCGUUGAAAACGCAGCAGUCAGCUCUCCCUCGAAUGAGUGCAGUAGGGGCUCUAAACGGAUCGUUCCUGUGGACAUCUGCAGUACACCGACUAAACAACCAAAGCAAACCACUUCAGAAGAGUCUCCGCUGGGCAGCUCAAGACUGAAUCUUCUGUCCAUUACCAGUCCCAGCUCCAAAUCCAGCAGGCAGCUCUUUCCAGACAGUUCUUGUUCUCGCAGGGAACAGCCUUAGGGUGAUCAGUGCCAAGGACAGACAUGCCAAAGCUGGAAAGAACGUAAUUAAUGUGUUUUUGGGUUUUCUUUACAUAAUGAUUAAUAAUGAAUAAUUAGCUAAUUUCACACUUGACUUUAUUGUAUAAUAAUAAUAGUAGUAAAAAAACCAAAAAUCACCAAUAACUAUAUCCUAUUUUAUAUCGUGCCUCUAUGAAAGAGUUCCAUCAUGUACUUAGAAAAGCAUUAUUCUCAAAUCAUAUGUACUUAACAGUUAUUUAAUAGAAUGAUCAAAUCUGAAUUGUGAAGUGCCAUUUUUACCAUACUUACUCAAGAGAAUGAUAUGUAGAUCAGUGUGAAUAGGUUGUAUGUAAGUUGAUGUAAUUGAAGUCAUAACUUGUCCUUGUUUAUUACCAUAUCAUUUUAAAACAAUUUUAUAGACAUUUGUCAUAUCUUAAUACCAAAUUUGUUACGGUACAAACAUGUUGUGCAGAAUAUAUAUUUCUAAACUCCCCUUAUUGUUUAUACAGUGUAAAUCUAUUAGGGCCAGAGCAAUGUUACCUUGCUUAAUGUCUUAACAGCUGUCAAGGUGCACUUCAAUAUCUCAUUAAGGUUUAAUUGGUCGUUGUUUUGUUAUUGUUGCCAUCAUUUCAAUUUUCAUUUAAAGCCUGAAACAUGGUUUAUUUCAAAAGCUCAAUUAGACAGUUGUCUAACAAUAAAUCAGACUGAACAGUA